CGUGCAAGGUGACACCCACCUCUCUUCCUCUGCUGCUCCGCUGUGGCGUAACGCGGCUCCAGCUCAGCUCCGGGUGGAGAUUUUUACGUAAGAAACUUUACCUUAAAGUUACACUUUCCACUUGUGUGUGAGAGAGACUUCGCCACAUUUAUGGGGAGACAGUGAAGAUUUCUCCCUCGCGUGUCGGACUUUAAACUUGUAUCAGCGCCUGAAGCCCGGACGACUCAAACAGAAUUUCUAACAUCUAUCAGACAACAAGGGGGAAAGCAUCAGCCCUCUGUUUGCGAUGUCCUCCAGAAGUAAAAAUGACUUGUGCAGAAUGUGUGGCGGGGCUCUCCAGGGAAACCAACGGCGCUGGCUGUUUGGCGGCCAAAAUAAGAAGACUGGUCAGCCUCAGACCCCGACCGAGUCUCUGAGAGGAGGAAGCCUGUGUCGGUCCUCGCAGAGCAGUCCCUGGGGCAGCACAUUAUCUUUGGGUUCCUCUGUGUCUCUCUCCAAGUCCCAGUUAUCCCUUAACUCCCCGUCCAAAGGGCUGGAUCUGCUCUCUGUGUUGACUCACAUACUGGGGCAGCCUGUCCCACGAGGCAGCGGGCAGGGGGAGUUUGUGUGCGGAAAAUGUGUAUGCAUCCUUGAGCGGGUAUUCAAGUUUGACACGGUGAUAGCCAGGGUGAGGGUGCUUUCGUCCGAGAGGCUUCACAAGCUGACGCAGGAGAGGGACAAGAUCAGACAGUGGGUGCGCCAAAGCUACCACCAGAGACACCCGCGGGACUUUCAUAGCAGGGGCAGCACCAGCGAGGAGGAUGGAGAGAUGGGGAAGGAGGGCUACAGGGAGAUGCUCAAAGAGAACAUGGCACUCUCAGAGUACGAGUGCUGGUCCGAGAAGUGGGACACGUGCCCGUAUUUUAUAAGAACUGGUAAAAGAUGCAAAAAGGGCAAAGGAUGUGAAGGCUGUGAUUCUUUACGAGUAUCAGACUCGGAUUAUGAGUCCGUUUGUGGGGUCCCUCGCUGCUUGCCUUUCCAACCAUUCUCCCCAUUGGCGUUGUCGCGCGACAAAUCCCAGAGCAUGCCCCUCCACUGGCACAGGAUGCCAUCCUUCAGCUCCAGCCCGUCUUCACUGGCGGGGUCUACUCUCUCCUUACAAGCAUCUUCCCGCACUGAGUCCAUUCAGUCUCUGGACUCGCUUGAUGGCAACGACCCAUUUGACUCACCAGGUGUUCAGUCGGCCAACUUUGUGCUUAAGGAGCUGAGAAAUAUUCAAGGAAAGCCGGUCAGUUCACCAUUAGGGAGUAGGAUCCCAGUACUGGACAGGAAGUUCUCAGGAAAAGUUGGAGAGAUGGCAUCACCCUCAGUGAACAGGGUGCUGAACUUUGGGAGGGUGGAGAACGGAGUGGAGGAAACCGAUGACGACGGGGAUGUCCUAUCAGAGCUGAGGGAUGAGUUCAUGCCUCUUCAUCAACAGAGCACAACUGGCCAGGUUCACCACGCGGUCAGGCACCUGCGUGGCCAGCUGGACCAAGCUGUGUCCCGUAUCAGGACCCUGGAGGCCGAGCUGAAACGUGGGAGGAGCAAAACAACUGAAGUCAACGGAUCAGAAGACUGGGCCCCUUUGCUCCAGAAAGAGGGUGGCAGCUCCCUGCUGCAGAGCCUUGGUCACUCCCUGCACAACCGGGAGCUUCUGAUCCAGGAGUGUAUGGGUCUGAUCAGAAGACUGUGUGUGGAGGAGGGAGCAGGGUCCGAGCUGGCCAACAAGCUGACUGAGAAUCUGAAGGAAACUCAAUCUGUCAACAAGGCUGUCCUGCAGACUUUGAGGUCGGAAGUGACUGAGAAGGAGAAGAGCAUGGAGAAAGAGAUCGAGGCACUGAGGAAGGCUGGAAGAGACCGAGAGAGAGACCUCAACACACUCAACACCGUGCUGCAGUGCAACCAGGAUAUUAUCAAUGACCUGCGAGUGUCUCUGGGGGAGAAGGAGCGACUGCUGAGGGAGGGGGAGAAAGAGAGGGAGAUGUGGAGACAGAGGGACCAGGCCCUCGCUGCUGUCCUGCAGGAGAAGGAAGCACUGAUCCAGGAGCUGGAGAGCUGUCAGAAAGAUGUGCAGGGGUUGGCAGGGGACAGAGAGGGAAACAGCGCCACCUUGUGCAAGGAGGUCACCAAACUCACCACAUCCCUGCAGGAAUACCAGGACAUGGUGCAGAAUCAGAAGGAGAGUCACAUUCAGACGGUGUCCUCUCUGACGGAUCAACUCAGAGAAACUCGGCAGGAGCUGAGGGAGAAAGAGAAGGAGAAGAAGGAGGCUGAAAGAGCCUGGCAGAACAACCGAGAGGACCGAGAGAGGGAGGAAAGGAAACUGAGGGAUAGCCUGGAGAAGAGAGACAAACUCAUAGAGCAAAUCCUGUUGGAUGCUGAGGAGCGGGACCAUCUGUUCAGAGAGCUGCAGCAGAACCUGCAGAACAAACGUGAACAUCUGACCGCCAUCAAACACACACUGUGACAGAGGACGACUACUGUACUGACAAGAUGCAAACUAACUGCACAGAGACAGAUUACUUUAGCACUUUCUGCAUCACUUUUUUGCCUCCAGCAUAUUUAUCGUGGUGUACAUUACUUCUAUUUAUAGUAUUUAUCUCUACGUUUUUUUUUUUUUUUUAGGUUUGCAUUUGCAGACCUGCCUUGUUUUGGUAAUAUUCCACAAUUACUAAUUAACUCUCUGGAGUGAAUCAGUAAUUUCAGACUUAAGAGAGUCAGGUUUUGUGCAGGGAAGAAGAGAUGUCAAGUCUAGCUUCUUAUAGCUGGAUGGUUAAUACUUGAUUUAAAAAUCACCAGAUUACUGUAUUUUAGUUUUUAAUGUAAUGGGUCUAGUGGUCAGGCAGCGAUUAGAUUUCAUUUAAUGCAGUGGGAUUGCUGAUGGAAACAUUUCUAAAUGGUGUGAUUGUUAGUGGGUCUGAGUAACAUUUAUGUCCUUUAGGACAGGAGCUGGUAUGAAAUUGCUUUAAAUCUGAAUUUAACUUUUUUGCUGUGUCUUUAUUUUGUUUGUCUUUUCACUUUCUCGGUACAGAACUGUCAUUUUUUUGUACUUGUGGACAGGAAUGGAAUUAGGACCAAAUAUUAUAAUUUUAACUCCUUUAAUUUUCUGCUUUUUAUGUGUUUUAUUUUUGACCUACUCUCAAUUAUUUUCAAUGUUUACACGUCUUGUGUUAGUCAGGGUCUUUAUUACUGAAGAUAUUUUCUUUUAGCUCAAGAGAAUUAAACACUCUGAUCCAAAUUA